AUAAGGGAAACAAAAGAAAGGAAAGAAAGAAAGAAAAGAAAAGGAAGAUAGAAACUAUGGCCCCCGUCGGAUUGCCUCCUGGCUUUAGAUUUCAUCCGACCGACGAAGAGCUUGUCAAUUAUUAUCUCAAGAGGAAAAUCAAUGGCCAAGAAAUUGAACUUGACAUCAUCCCUGAGGUUGAUCUCUACAAAUGUGAACCUUGGGAGUUAGCAGAAAAAUCAUUUCUUCCGAGUAGAGAUCCAGAGUGGUAUUUCUUUGGACCAAGAGACAGAAAAUAUCCAAAUGGAUUCAGAACAAAUAGAGCAACAAGAGCAGGAUAUUGGAAGUCAACAGGAAAAGACAGAAGAGUAACCUCUCAGAAUAGAGCCAUUGGAAUGAAGAAGACAUUAGUUUACUACAGAGGCAGAGCUCCUCAAGGGAUUAGGACUGAUUGGGUAAUGCAUGAGUAUCGCCUUGAUGACAAGGAAUGCGAGGACACCUCUGGAAUUCAGGUAGACUCAUAUGCAUUAUGUAGAGUAUUCAAGAAAAAUGGAAUAUGUAAUGAGAUGGAAGAUCAACACGUCCAAUGUAGUAUAUCAUUAAUGGAAAGUUCAUCACAUGGUGGGAGUUUAAUAAAUCAAGAUUACGAAACGAUGUCGCCUGAUGUUCCCAUUCCUUCAUCUUCAUGCUUAGAAGAAGAAGACAAAGAUGAUUCUUGGAUGCAAUUCAUCACAGAUGAUCCAUGGUGUUCUUCUAACCCUCUUAAUAUGUCCGCUGAAGAGGUUUCUCAUCACGUGACUUUCACGGACUAAGCUUCUAUAUGUGCAUGCAUGGCUGGCUGGUUUUUAUUAUAAUAUUGGUAUUGGUGAAUAACAUGAAGUUGGAUUUGUAUUUUUCUUACAAUAAUACCCAAGAAAGAAAAGAGUUCACAAACUUUAUUAGAAUGAUCACCUUGAUGAAUUAAUUAAUUAAUUAUUUUUU